UGGGAUGAAGGGGUACUUAUGGAGAGGAGUAAAGCCACAGUGCUAAGUAAACUGUGUAGCAGGGGGACUUUCUUUCCCAGACGUCUGUCAUUUUUACUGGUGUCUAUUGUUCAGCACAGCCAGCCGCCAUGCCCACUGAUGCCCAAAGCGAUGCCCGCUCCUUCCUGACUGAGGAGAUGAUUGCAGAGUUCAAGGCUGCCUUCGACAUGUUUGACACUGAUGGUGGCGGUGACAUCAGCACCAAGGAGUUGGGUACCGUGAUGAGGAUGCUGGGCCAGAACCCAUCAAGGGAGGAGCUGGAUGCCAUCAUUGAGGAAGUUGAUGAGGAUGGCAGCGGUACCAUCGACUUCGAGGAGUUCUUGGUCAUGAUGGUGCAACAGUUAAAGGAGGACCAGGCUGGAAAGAGUGAAGAAGAACUUUCAGAAUGCUUCCGGAUUUUUGACAAGAAUGCAGAUGGUUUCAUUGACCGGGAGGAGUUUGGAGAUAUCCUCCAUCUCACUGGAGAACCUGUCACAGAGGAAGAUAUUGAUGAGAUGUUCGGGGAAUCAGACACUAAUAAAGACGGAAAGAUUGAUUUUGAUGAGUUUCUGAAGAUGAUGGAGAACGUCCAAUGAUGAGACUCCACAUUCCUUGGUGACCGUUCUUCAGAGAGAAUAUAAAGCACUCUGUCUGAUGGAAAUCUGCCCCGAGCGAACUCUAUAUGCUACAAAAAUCCUGCACAGUUAUGAAUAUGAUGUUGUUUCUGAGUCAUCAAAAGUGGCAAGAAAGAAACCCUCUUACAAACCCCGCCUCACCACCCCCACCCCCUUUCAUGUGGCUUGGUGACAAUGUCUAUAAAUAUCUGUUCAAACCAUUUAAGACGAAGACACCUUCCCUGGGGCCGCCUCCUUCAGCUGUCUCCUCGGCAGCUGCUGUUUCUCCAGAAAUGCUACACCACCUAACCUAAGCCCCCUCCCUCCUCCUCCUCCUCCUCCAAGCUAAAUCUUCUCCACCCUGUUCUGUGCUUUCUAAAUAAAUCCACCUUCACCUUGUU